CUUGUCCAGUCGACCAGCAGUUCGGCUGCUCAUAACAUCCUCAGCUGGAGCCCUUCUGACUGGACAUUUUGGACAUAUUUUCUGUUACUGUACUCUUUACAACCCACAACACGAGUGGAGCUAUUGUCUGUGUGGAGUAACGCCUACUGUCACGGAUAGCUGGCCGAGAGGCUGACAGUGACAGACGGCAGAUAACAGCCUGCUCUGCCCGGCGCCGGGAGCCACCAACCCGGCCGUUGGGGACUGGUGGGGUUGGCUAGCUGGAAGGCUAGCUAACUGGAAUUAGCUGGAGAGAUCCUCUCAGACCAGCAUCCUCAAACACUUCGCUGCUCAACUCAACAGGCAUGAAGAUGGAUUGAAACAUGAAGGGUGGAACUGUCCCAUCAUCAGAAUAGGAAGGCGUCUUUCUUAGGUUGUGCUCUGCGGCUUAACUCUGUGACUGAGCUGGGAGACAGAGAGGAAGAUGCCUCCCAGGCCGUCCUCAGGGGAGCUAUGGGGCAUCCACUUGAUGCCUCCCAGGAUCCUGGUGGACUGCCUGCUGCCCAACGGGAUGAUUCUGACCCUGGAGUGUCUCCGUGAGGCCACGCUAAUCACCAUCAAACAUGAGCUUUUCAAGGAGGCCAGGAAAUAUCCCCUCCAUCACCUCCUACAGGAGGAGACGUCCUACAUCUUUGUCAGUGUUACACAAGAAGCAGAGCGGGAGGAGUUUUAUGAUGAGACCCGUAGGCUGUGUGAUCUCCGACUCUUCCAGCCCUUCCUCAAGGUCAUUGAACCAGUUGGCAACAGAGAGGAAAAGAUCCUCAACAGAGAGAUUGGUUUUGCCAUUGGUAUGCCUGUGUGUGAGUUUGACCUGGUGAAGGACCCGGAGGUUCAGGACUUCAGGAGAAACAUCCUGAAUGUUUGUAAAGACUCUGUGGAGCUGAGAGAUGCCAGCGGGCCUCACAGUAGAGCGCUGUAUGUUUACCCGCCCAACAUAGAAUCCACACAGGAACUUCCCAAACACUUCUAUAGCAAGCUGGACAAAGGUCAGAUCAUUGUUGUGAUUUGGGUGAUUGUUUCUCCGAACAACGACAAACAAAAGUAUACACUGAAGAUCAACCACGACUGUGUGCCUGAACAGGUGAUUGCAGAGGCCAUUCGUAAGAAGACACGCAGCAUGCUGCUGUCCCCAGAGCAGCUAAAGAUGUGUGUUCAGGAAUAUCAGGGUAAAUACAUCCUCAAAGUUUGUGGCUGUGAUGAGUACCUGCUGGAAAAGUACCCCAUCAGCCAGUAUAAGUAUAUCCGUAGUUGCAUCAUGCUGGGCAGGCUGCCUAACCUGAUGCUAAUGGCUAAGGACAGCUUAUACACUCAGUUGCCUACAGACAACUUUGUCAUGCCGUCAUACUCUCGACGCAUCUCAACGGCAACAUCCUAUAUGAAUGGUGGCGAGGCAGCUGCCAAGUCGCUGUGGACCAUCAACGGCACCCUGCGAAUACGAAUCCUAUGUGCCACCUAUGUUAACGUCAAUAUACGGGACAUAGACAAGAUAUAUGUGAGAACAGGUAUUUACCACGGAGGUGAACAGAUGUGUGACAAUGUCAACACGCAGAGAGUACCCUGCUCCAACCCGAGGUGGAAUGAAUGGCUCACCUAUGACAUGUACAUCCCUGACAUACCCCGUGCCGCCAGACUCUGCCUCUCCAUCUGCUCUGUCAAGGGCAGGAAGGGAGCCAAGGAGGAGCACUGUCCACUAGCUUGGGGUAAUAUCAACUUGUUUGACUACACUCACACUUUGGUGGCCAACAAGAUGGCUCUGAACCUGUGGCCUGUCCCUCAUGGCCUUGAAGACCUUCUCAACCCCAUCGGAGUCACUGGAUCCAACCCUAAUAAGGAAACCCCAUGUCUGGAGCUGGAGUUUGACCACUUUAGUAGUUUAGUCAAAUACCCAGAUAUGAAUGCAGUAGAGGAUCAUGCAAACUGGACCAUCUCGAGGGAACUGGGGUUUAACUACAACCUCUCUGGACAGAGCAACCGAUCGGCCAGAGAUCACGCCCUGACAGAGAGCGACACUGAGCAGAUGAGACAGCUGAGUAACAGAGACCCUCUUUCAGAAAUCACUGAGCAGGAGAAAGACUUCCUCUGGAGACACAGGCACUACUGCGUGAACAUCCCUGAGAUCCUUCCCAAGAUCCUUCUCGCUGUCAAAUGGAACUCCAGAGAUGAAGUAGCACAGAUGUACUGUCUGUUAAAGGAAUGGCCGUCUACCCGUCCUGAGCAGGCCAUGGAGCUGUUGGACUGUAACUAUCCAGACCCCAUGGUCAGGCACUUUGCUGUACGCUGCCUUGACAAAUACCUGACUGAUGACAAACUGUCCCAAUACCUCAUCCAGCUUGUACAGGUAUUAAAAUAUGAGCAGUAUCUUGACAAUCCCCUGGCCCGUUUCCUCCUGAAGAAGGCCCUGACCAAUCAAAGGAUAGGUCAUUUCUUCUUCUGGCAUCUCAAGUCAGAAAUGCACAACAAAACAGUGAGCCAGAGGUUUGGGCUGCUGCUAGAGGCUUACUGCAGGGCGUGUGGCAUGUACCUCAAACACCUGAGUAGGCAGGUGGAGGCCAUGGAGAAGCUCAUUAACCUCACUGACAUCCUUAAGCAGGAGAAGAAGGAUGAGACACAGAAGGUCCAGAUGCGGUUUCUUGUGGACCAGAUGAAGAGACCGGACUACAUGGAUGCUCUGCAGAACUACACCUCUCCUCUCAACCCAGCACACCAACUGGGAAACCUGAGGUUAGAUGAAUGCAGGAUCAUGUCGUCAGCAAAGAGACCAUUGUGGCUGAACUGGGAGAAUCCUGACAUCAUGUCCGAGCUGCUCUUUCAGAACAAUGAGAUCAUCUUCAAAAAUGGAGACGACUUGCGGCAGGAUAUGCUGACGUUGCAGAUUAUUAAAAUCAUGGAGAAUAUUUGGCAGAAUCAGGGGCUGGACCUACGGAUGCUUCCCUAUGGCUGUCUGUCAUUAGGAGACUGUGUGGGUCUCAUUGAGGUGGUUCGCAGCUCCCACACCAUCAUGCAGAUUCAGUGUAAAGGAGGCUUGAAAGGAGCCCUGCAGUUCAACUCAAACACUCUGCAUCAGUGGCUCAAGGACAAGAACAAGGGCGAGAUGUAUGACAUGGCUGUGGAUCUGUUCACGAGGUCCUGUGCUGGCUACUGUGUAGCUACAUUUAUCCUUGGGAUAGGAGACAGACACAACAGCAACAUAAUGGUCAAAGAUGAUGGACAGUUGUUUCAUAUAGAUUUUGGCCAUUUCCUGGAUCAUAAGAAGAAGAAAUUUGGCUACAAGAGAGAGCGUGUGCCCUUUGUACUGACGCAAGACUUCCUCAUCGUCAUCAGCAAGGGAUCCCAAGAGUGUGCAAAGACCAAAGAGUUUGAGAGGUUCCAGGAGAUGUGUUACAAAGCCUACCUGGCCAUCCGGCAGCAUGCUAACCUCUUCAUCAACCUGUUCUCCAUGAUGCUGGGCUCCGGCAUGCCUGAGCUGCAGUCAUUUGAUGACAUUGCCUACAUCAGGAAGACGCUGGCCUUGGAGAAAAGCGAACAGGAGGCGUUGGACUACUUCAUGAAACAGAUGAACGACGCUCACCAUGGAGGAUGGACCACCAAGAUGGACUGGAUAUUCCACACAAUUAGACAGCAUGCACUAAACUGAUCUCCUGCACACAAACAAAACAAUCACCAGUCCCACCAUGGAGUAACAUCUCACUAACGAUGGAGGUUUUCACCAGUACCAUUUCUGUUUCUCUAAACAAGGUUCCUGGGUUUUUAUUGCAUAAUCAUCUGCCUUUCUCCUCCACUCUACAAGAGAGCGUUGUCUUCAUGUCCUGGUGAAGAUCUGCCCUACCUGGCCGAUGCUUGUAUCCUUGGCUACUAUCCGUCUUCUGUCCCCCCCCCCCCCCCAUCAGGAACACACUGGGAAACAAAGGACAUUUUACCUCUUACCCUGCUCUUGCUGGAAAAAUUGGACACAACAGCUUAAAGAAGAUGUAUCCCCCAAUCUUACUGUUCCUUCCCAGAAAGGAGUUUAUUUAAUUUUAUAAAUCUUAUCACUGCUGAUGCAGGCACAAAGAACAUAACAUGUGUUCCUCAAAUGUGUUGCACAGUGCAGGAUUACUGAAGUAUGGGGGCUUCUAUGAUGACUCAUGUGUGGUGAAGUUGCCCCCCCCUGAGCUGAUUUGGUGUCAGCUUUCCCACCUUUUAACCCUUUUGUGAGGACAUUUCAAAGCUCAGAAACUACAGAAGAGCCUCCGGGUGGUUUUGCACAGCUCUACAGUCUCCCGCGGCCUCAGUGAGAAAGCCCUCCACCCUUGGGAACAUUUGUCGGUGGUGCCGCUUUAGACUCUUGCAUAAACUUCAGGGUGAUGAUGCCUCUCCGUCAAAACACAGCACUUAGAAAUAUCAGAAUAAUAUACAGAUUUAUUAUGACUUUUUACAUUUAUUUAUGUAUUGAUAGUUUCUUUCAGUUUUUACACAGGCAGAACUCGACUCUCCAGAAACACACCGUUAGUUCAGUAAAUAUAUUCGGGAGUUUGUUUUGGAAAUUGUGUAUUUGUGCUUCCUCCUUCUGACCACCACGAGUUCGACAGCUUUCCCAUUUUUUUUCCAUUACAGAGUUUUGCUCAUGUUCGUAUUCAGACUGCUGAUGCCCUUUCUGCCGCCGUCACUUUUAAGUUAAACAUUAGAUUUGACUUUGUCCGUAGUAGCCCAAUUUGUGUGGCUACUUUGCAAUUUGUAAAAAUGUAUUUGUUGGGGAAUUCAAAUUGGUAAUGAAUGAAAGUGCCAGUCUCACAUUUUAUGAAUAAUGGGAGCUAUUUUGAGCCUCCGGUUGUCUGUCCUGUUGGCGAGCAGAAGCCCGGGGGAAUGUUACGUCUUCCUGUUGAUAAGAUGCCUUGGCGUCACAGCACAAUACUGCACAUUGCUAAGCCCGACAGACUCUGCCUAAACACUUGUAGUAAGCAAACCAUGACUGCACUAUUAACAUGAAAAGCUAGAUUUGACCUUUGUUGUGUAUAAUUUUUUUUAUUUCUAACCUCGUGAGGUGGAUGGUCUAGUCAUUAAAAUGUCAGCUUACGCACACAGUAACAGUUAACUUGUGUUUAUCACACAUUUGGUGGACAUUUUUAUUCAGAACAUCUUCCUCUGAGCCCAUAAUAACCCUGGCAGUAUGUGAGCCAUGCUCUUUAUGUUUGAAGCUUACAUUUAACAUAUUUUUCCCAACACAAACAUUUGAGCAUGUCGCUUAUUCAACAUUUUAAAGUCACAGGAAAAUGGCCGUUAAAGUGUCUUUAGUGAAAGAGUGCGUGUGGGUGAGAUUUAGUCACUAUGGGGAUUUACUCUAAAGUAGGCAUAUAGAGUGAGAGAGAGCAGCUGAGGACUGUUGGUUUCCACCCACACCUCCCUCUCCUGUCGGGUCUGUACGCAGAGGACGAGGGCGAACUAUUCAACGAGACUUCAGCGACAUUCUUUGGACAUGUUAACAAAGUUUUGGCCAACUGAUGUCAAAACACACACACACCUCCUACUAUUAUAUCCCUUUAGUAGCUAGUAUGAGCCACUAGCUAACGGUCAAGUGCGGUUUUACUUCAUUGGAAGACAAAAAGGGAAGAAUUAAAACCACAAUUAUCAGACGGGCGCAGGAUUACAGCUUGGAAAUGGAUUUUUGUUUCAUUGUCUUUAAAAAGUCACCUUGUGUUUUGAGAUUGAUAGAUAGAUAGAUUGAUUGAUACUUUAUUAAUCCCGAGGGAAAUUUAGGUUAGAUUGGUAUUUAAAAAAAAGAUAUUGUUAUAAAAGGCAUUUUUUAACGAUAAAAAGUGAACCCUGAGUGACGGUAACCUUAACGGCUUUGUCAGGUGAAUUGAGAACUUCUCGUACGGUGUGUGUUGAGCAGAGAACGCAGUAUUUCACAGAAAAACGUGGCUCAGAGCAGCGUCACGAACCCCCGACGCCUUCGUAAUGUACCUAGAAAGACAUGCUGUUCAAUUUGCUCGUAGCUAAAUUAUUAUCUACUAGUAGGAAACGCAAUCUGCCAGUGGAAAAGAAAGUCUGCAUUUAACUGUUGAUUGUAUUGAAAAGCCAAAAUGGUCUGAUGUGGCGCACAUGUGUGUUGCCAUAUUAUCGCAGCAUUAAUGGCUAGAAUGUAUUGAAUUGCUAAAAUAUGUGCACUCUUUUUAUGUUUUUGCAUCAUAUAUGGUUUCUUUCUAAUGUGUCAGAUGCAGUGCCACUAAACAUACAAUAGGUUAUCAGAGAGAGAGAGCGCUCUUCUCUGCUAUUAUGUGCCAAAUCAGGCAUCACUGAGGCCUGUGUAAGCUAAAGCUGGAAUUAAGGAAGGCGUAUCGGUUUCAGACUUCAAAAACAAAACAAUAAAAGGUUGAUUGCACUUAAAAAUAGCCUUUUUGUCCAAUAGGACUCUGUAAGAAGAAUGUUAGCCUAGUAUGCAUGUUCCUCAAUCAGGAUAACCAGUAUGUACACUUUGAAUAGAGUUACAGUCACACUGCUUUUUUCUAUCGUGGGCUUCACAUGUGACAGCCUGCAGUGUUGUUAUAAUUAAUAUCCUUUCCCAUGUAUCCUCCAAAUCAUUUGUGUGUUUGUGUGCGUUCAUUGUCUUUCUGUACAGGUUGCAGAGCUUCAUUGGCAGGCCCCAAUGAAAACCCACACUGUAUGUGUGUGUGUGUGUGUGUAGCUUCUGUGUGUGUGUGCGAUGACACUGAACUGUUGAAGCGCUGGUGUCUCUAAAUGUUUUGUAAGCCUCUUUUUUUUUUUUUUUUUCUCCACUGGCUGGUCUGUGCCAGAGAAGUUUUUCCAUUGUUUGUAAGGAGACAUGAACGAGAGGGAACUUUUUCCAUAUAAAUGAUUUACUUGAAAUGUCACGAAUCAGAACCACCGCCGUAUUUUGUUUGUUUUGUGUGUGUGUGUGUGUGUGUGUGUGUGUGUGUGUGUGUGUACAGGCUGUUUGUUAUGUUACUGUGCAGUGAAUGUUAUUGAUGCCACAGUGAAGACACAAAUACUUCUGGAACUAAUGAAAGUUGUACUUUAGUCCACAUUUCUAAGAUCAGGUGCAGUGAAGAACUAUGACAAAGUAUUUUACAGGAUUUAAUAAUCUUUUUAGAUUUUCAUAUUCAGCUUCAAAAUCAUGAGAAUUACACCCAGCAGCUAAGUGAUAGUUCUCAUUUCUUUUUAGAGCUUGAUUGUUUGUUUGAAAGCUCUUUUUGUCCCCCACGUUGGCACUGAAGUGGAGCAGGGUUUCUCCAAUAUAGUUGCACUAGUGUUUCCUCCUAUGAGUGAAGACUUUGGUCCCUUUUAACUGUCAACAAUAUCAAACGACAACAAAAAACACAGGCCCAUACACAUAAAUCUGUCUGACUGUAUGGAUCGACAAUCUGCAUAAUGAUACAUAAUUACACACCUGCUGUUUCACUAAGUAAAGUGAAGUUGGACAUGGCUGAUCUCCUCUAAGCUCAGUGUGCAUGCACAGAAAUGCGAUUAGAGUUUCUGUGGAAUUUACCAGGAGGGAAAUCUUAUUUGCAUUCAUCCGCUCUUCAGUUUGCCCCUGCGAAUACAAUCAUGAUCAGUUAUGAGGAACAGUAGACGUAAUAACACAAACACCCAGAUAUAUAUUAUAUUAUUAUUAUUAUUAUCCAUGCAGUAAGUACUGCUUUUGUGAAGUCUAUCAUUGUUUUUGAUGAGUCUUUAUUCAAAAGGUGUUCCUGUGACUGUUGGUUUCCAUGAUGGACAGGUGUUCAUGUUAUUGUGUCCACCACCUGUAUGAAUACGCACACAGAUAUUUAUUGAUACGGCCGCAGAUCUUCAUCAGUGUUUGUUUCUGUAAACGCAGUUAAAAAAAACAACUUUUGGGUGGGAUUCAAGCUGUCCAGGGUUUUAAACUCUUAUACUUCAAAGAGCAAAUAUGAGUAAUCAAUAAGACUUCCUAGAGUCCUAAAUGUUAAAGGGAAAUAUUGACAAAAUGUUCUGUGGCUUCAUGUUCUUUUCUGUAUGCAGUGCUCUAAACAACAUGAUAGUGUGUCGCCAAUAUGUUCCCUCAACAGACCGUGCUGUCAGAACCUUAACCUCCACCAUGAAUGAAUGUACAGCGGGCCCAUGUAUUGUUUUUCACAGCCCACCUGCAUGAGAUUGGGUAAAGAUGAAUAUUCUUCUUCUUUCUACAUUGUUUGUUUGUCGUUUGUUUAUUUAGUCUGCUAAGCAGCCAUACAGAUGUUUAGAAAUGAAUGCCUUAAGUUUCAUGAUCACAAUAACCGGCGUCUUUUUAUUUAUAAAUGUAUAUUGUAUUUCAUUUCGGCUCACAGAGUAAAGGUUUGUACCCUGACCGACCGACUGGUCAUCUGAGUGUUCUGUGAAGAUGUACAAAUAAAUUUGUUAAACAUUUA